AUGCAGACUCAAAAAGAUUUGGAUCAUGCAGCUGAGGUGCUGUUAUGGAACAAACAAUUAAUGUCGAUGUUGGGUCUUUGGCCUUUCCGGACUAAUAAUUUUAUAUUCUUUAUUAAUUUUGGCUACUUCAGUUUUCUUAUGAUUCUAGAGUAUUUGGAUUUGUUUCUUUUUAUCAAUGAUCUUGAACACGUGAUCAUGAACUUAACAGAGAACAUGGCAUUUUCACAAAUAUUUGUACGAAUGAGUAUGUUACGAUUAUAUAACUGUGAAAUAGGUGAAGUCAUAACAGAAGCUAUGAAGGACUUUGAUAAAAUGAGUUAUAAAACCGCCGAAGAAAUCAAGACAUUUAUCACAUAUAAUGCUAAGUCAAAGAUCUUUGUUAAGCUGUUGAUUGUGUUCAUCGCGUUGACAGCUUCGUCAUAUUAUUUAACUCCAAUUAUAAUUAUACUCGGAACUGGACUCCCUAAAAUAGUAAUAAAUGAAAACAUGACUCAAGUAAUUUACUUAUUGCCGUAUCGCUUUCAUCUAUUUUAUGCAGUCGAGAACAUGCGUACUUACAUGAUUACUUACGCUUUAGAAUUACCAUUUGUUUUUGUCAGUGGUUUCGGGCAAAGCGCAGCUGAUUGUAUUAUGGUCACCCUUGUUUUUCAUAUUUGCGGACAAAUGUCAGUUUUAGCUUCGCGCAUUAACAAUAUAAAUUCCGAUCUCCUCAGUUGCAGACGCGAAAUGCGACAUGUGGUGCGGAUGCAUAUACGGCUACUACGGAUGGGGAAAUCAAUAGAGAAGGCAUUUAGCAUAACAUUGUUGGCUCAUCUUUUCGGAGCUACUUCUCUGGUGUGCAUUCUUGGUUAUCAAAUUUUGACGAAUUUUGCUAAAGGUGAAAGAGGAGUACUUGUUACCUUUUUGAUAUUCCAAUUCUUAGUCCUGCUAAUACUGUACGCUCAUUGCACUGUUGGUGAAAAUCUUUUAACUGAGAGUGCUAAGAUAUGUGCAGCGUUUUACGAAUGCCAUUGGUACAAUAUGCCAAUGGAAAAUGCACGGAUGAUAAUACUAUGCAUGGCAAGAUCACAAAAACCGCUCUGUUUAACAGCUGGCAAAUUUACUACAUUUUGUCUCAGCACUUUAACUGACGUUUUGAAAGCAGCAAUGGGAUAUUUGUCAGUACUGCGUUCCUUUUUGUAACAUCAUCAAAAUAAAGCAAUUUCAGAGAAGUAACAUAAGAGUAAUUUAUAAAUUAAUUAUGAUCAAGAAUAG